AUUGUACUGCCUUUGCAAAAACUAUUUAUCAAGCUCUCGAAAGCUUGAUAUAUGGACAAGGUUUCAAACGGGACAGUCACAUACGGGCAACGUUUUCAAGUAUGUGAUUAGCCACACGCCACCGAAACUCUUAUAGCAACUGGCCGGAAGAAACAACUUCGCUGACAAUUAGGUUGUGAUUGUGCAAUGUCGCACAAGUCUGCAUGAUGCCGCUUCUAUUUAUUUAUUUAUUAUAAUUUUUUUAUUUGAUUGCGCGAUUUCAUUUUUGGCAAUUCCCUUCUAAUGUGUAUUCGACAUGGUUCGAGGUCAUCAUGGUCAUCAUCAUCUGCAGCAGGAGCAGCACAAGCACUUGAAGCAAAGACGAAGAGGUCGACGCGUUCGAUUCUGCUGCCUAGCUUCACCCGCACAGCUUUUCGCCACGCACUAUCCCCCUGAUUCCGGAUAAGAGAGAAGAGGCAGCGAUUCGACAAACAUGCUGCGUUUCGCGGGCACCGUGACGCUCCUCCUGUUCUACACUGCGCUGUGCCACUGUGCACCUGGUGUAAUGCCCACCGAGCCUUGCGACGUGAAUUCGUGCAACGCAAGCUGUACGAAACACUUAGAAGGUUGGCCGGCCCCGGACGCUUACGGGAAGUGCGAUGAGAAGGGCAUAUGCCGCUGCUACCAGCGGUCAGUGUGCGACGAGGCGAAAUGCGGGAGCACGUGUCGUGAGAAGCACGGAAACGAGAUCAAUCUCCAUGCUCAAUGCAUCGACGGCGUCUGCACCUGCAAAUGGAACAAAAAAUGCCAGCUGUCUGAUUGUGAAGCCUCUUGCAAAGAAGUUUACGCCGGAAAGCCCAACAUUGAAUGGCACUGCGAGGAGGACAUGUGCUACUGCAAGUGGCACGGAGUGUUGGAAGGUCCGGCGCAUGGCUCGCCUGGUGGUCAGAAACGCGUGAAGAGGAUCCAACUCGUGGAAAGUGACUCGUUCUACCUAGAGAAAGGGGUUCAGUCUUCGGAUGCGAAAAAAGCCGUACAGUGACUUUCUAACGGCUCAGCACCUUCGUGGUGCCAAACAUUUGCAACAGAAAAAAGAAAAAAGAAAACAUGCUUGCAGUGCUGAAUAAAAAGGGUGUUCUUCCUUCUA